AUGAUUUUAGCGACGGUUGUUAUAUCGUCUUUAGUGAUUAGUUUUGUGGAGAGUGCCACAGUUAAUGUUGUUCUAGAUGGUAAAUUACAUAUUUUGGAAUCGGGGAGGCGUAUCUCGGAAUUUGCCACGGUACUAAAACAAUAUAUUAGCAACCCUAAUGAGGCAAUAAUUUACUAUAAAGAUAAAAUUCUCGAUUUGGGGACUGGUCACGACAUUGAAUUUGCCGAUAAUGAUCAUUUAUAUAUCUAUUCUAAAGUAGGCAAAAAAUCUGCGUCGCCGCUGGAUUUGUUUAGCACAUUAUUCAAGGCAUAUAUGAACAGUCAGUUUGUUAAAGAUAAAUCAAAAAAUAGGAGUGAUGGUAAGGAUACGAGCAAGGAUGAAAAUAAGAGAUAUGAAGAUAACGAUCAACUUGUGGAAACACUCAAAAAGCUAGCUUCCUCGCCUAUGUUGUGGGAUAGUAUAAUGAAAUACGCAACGCCAGAAAAUAUGGCAAUUCUAUCGAACGCACUAAAUAAUUCAAAAUCAUACUAUGAUAAAAUUAAAACUAAACCCCAAGGAAAUGAUAAUGUAAAUAAAUCGACUCCCAAAGAUGAUUUAUAA